AAAAAAUUGCUUAAUUGGCAUUUUCAUUUUUAUUCGUGUGAUAAUGAUUUCCCGCUUAAUGGAAGGCUGUCCCAGGACCUUGCUCUCCAUUACAUCAUUGUGUAAUAGGAGAAUUUAAGGAAAAAUAUACUGACGUCUGACUAAGAGUCACUUAGCCAGCAUCAUAUAAGAUUGGUCCAUGGCCCAGAUCUUCUAUGCCCUUCCACGAUUGACUAUAAAAACUUCCCGCGAAUGCAUCGUCGGCUUGCAGUCGAUAGUUUUACCCUAAGUUUGCGGGUAUCGUUAAUACUCUUUAAUUUGAAGACUCGUAGAGAAUCGUUAUUUUCGAGAUGUUGCUUAUAGAAUCGUCGAGCAGCAAAAAUUGAUGUGACGUAACGUGUAUGUAUGUUGAAUCGGAUGCUGACGUACAUAAUCGUUCUAUGUUUUCUAUUAAUAUUCGUCAUUAUCGGUAUUAUCUUAGUAUUGAUUUAUAAACCAAUUUACGUUUGGAAGAUUGACAUAUCUUAUUGAAGAAUCAAAAAAUUCGAUAUUUUUAUCAACGAAUAAAAUUUGUCAAAAUUUGCAAACCAUCACAUUUUGAGAAAUUAAUAGCUGCAAAGACAAAAUGCAAAGAUUAGCGUCGCAGACUAUCUUUCACAUACUUUUAAUACUCUCUACGAUAACUUUGGCGAGAUGCGCGUUAUUAGAAAUGUCCCGGAUGCUCUGGAACAAGACUGUAUCCGGAGGCCUAACGAAGAUAGGCAAGCUGGAUCCGUUGAAAGUGCCGAUAAUCAAAAUUGAUCAAUCCGAGGGAGAGAUUAAUUACAGAGUGAUCCUGAGAAACUUGGAAAUCGUCGGUCUCAAUGAAUCGUUUCUGGAGAGUAUCCACGUCGUCCGUGGCGGAUUAAAUUCCAACUUGAGCGAAUUCGAGACCGGAUACGUGAGUUACAGCAACAUCAGAGAUGUAGAUUCUAUCAAGUACAGAUUCCAUACCAUGAUGAGGGAACCUAGUGAGCCGAAAGAGAGUUUCGAAGCCGUCGUUUCGCCCGUAAAUCGAGCCACAAAUAUCAGACCGUCUUAUCAAGAAGCUCGCUUCGAAAAAUCCCAACAAGAUCAAUACGGUUCCAGGAUAUUCGAACAAAGUCAGCAAUAUGAUCGGCGAACGCCUUUCCGUCCCGAUGCUACGUUCGAUGGUUUUAAUAGAGGCAAUUUCAAAGCGCCAAACAAUUUUCAGACAAAUCCUGGAAAUUCCCAAGAUUUCAGGCGUCCUUCUUACGUCCAGCCUAUUUAUACGCAGAGAAUGAAGGUUCAGGGAUAUCAGGGAGGCAGUGAAGACACAAUUGAUUGCGAAGAUACAAAGAGCACUCAAUUUAGAAGGAAUCAGAAAGGCAGCCAAAAAUAUGGAUCACGACAAGAUGCUGAAAAUGUUGAGGUUUCUGCAUCGGAAACAGUCGAGACUAGGUUGAAAAAUCAGGGUGAUGCAAGACCGCCUGCGUUGUAUAAUAGAGAGCAGUCUCUACGAUCAAACGUUACACGUGCGGGCAAUGUUAAAUUAUCGAGAAAUGGAAUUAGAGAGCGAACGGGUUAUAUCGAUAUUGUUUACGCGGAUGACAAAGCAAACGGAAGUAUAAAACGUUUCGGUAACUUAGGUAUCGAUCCUGCAGAGAACCGACAAAUAUAUGGAAUCGAGGACGUCAUGAAGGACAUUCGAGAGGAUACAAGAUUCAUUAUUCACAAUUUUACGGAAGGCGAAGCCUUGAGGAAAAAAAAUGACAUAGUUAAAGCUGCGAUGGAAGCUAAAAAUUUGAAGAAUCUAACUAGGUAUGCGAAGAGCUAUCAGGAACAGCAAGGAUACUUUGAAGAAGGCAUGCAAUUGAUCUAUCAUUAUGGAAUAGACUUGAGAAAUGAUAGCGCUUCGCGGAAUAUCAAAAUCAAUGAUACCAAGAGAACGAAACGAGCGCAUCCUGAAGAAGCUGAUGAAGACGACGUAAUUCACGUGAUUUUAAGAUUACGCGUGCCAUUGCUUCGCGUCAAGUCUCAAUACUCGCUUACAGGAAAAGUGGGAAAGGAGAUGUUACAUGGCAAUGGCCUGUUGACCGGAAACUUUACCGAUGUAGUGGGUGAUUUUACAUUGGAACUGAAGAAGAUCAACGACGAGCUGAUGAUCGUACGUGCUGCUAGAGCCAAAUUGUCCGCCAAGGACAAGAAGAUCAGUCUUCAGGGUAUGAACGAGGCCGGACCAGUGCAAGUUAUUCUCAAUUAUAGUUUAACCGCUGCAGAGGCAGUCGCCGCAAUGCUCGCCGACGAUUUUGCCACUAAGGGACUUGGCGAGAAAUCGGCCGACGCGCUCAUUUACAGGAUGUACAACAAUUCACCCGUCAAUUGAUCAGUCUCUACUUGCUCGAUCAAGUGUGCGGGAUGUUCAGGAAUUUUGCGCCAAUAUUUAUUAUUUAUUUUAGAUCCUUAUUUGUGUGCAAGAGUUGUCAAGUAUUUAUUUAUGAUUAUUUUGGGAUGUAUUUGCUUACACAUAUGUUUAUAUACUGGUCAACGUAAUGGGGUUUCAAUUAGUAUAUAUAUAUAUAUAUAUAUAUAUUAUUA